GAGUGAAAUCCGCAUAGACUAUAAAACAUGGCAAACAUUUCCUUUCAUUUUAGACCACUUCUUGGACUUCAUUGUAUAUUGAUUUCUUAUUCUCAUUCUUCAUUGAAGGGUGUUUAUUUCUUUGUUGAGAUAUACUGUGGUAGGCUACUUUUAUGUCUUUGUUUUUCUUUUUAACAUAACUUGUCAUUUAGAUUUCUCUCUCUUUGUUAUCAAUUGCAUUGAUAACAGUACAUUUUAAACAAUGGUACAAAACUCAUCAAAUGACUCUAGCAAAGGCUUCUCAAUUCCACGAGGCAGAGAAAAAAUCAUUAUAGCGUGUACACUGUCUGCAUUCUUCCUGUAUGUGAAUGGUGUAUUAAUAUUUACGUUUUUUAAAACGGACUAUUUUCGCACCAAAAUGCGUUAUAUAUUUUUUAUUCACACCUUGCUUUGUGAUUGGCUGUUUCUGUUUAUAACCAAUAUUUGCUUGAUCCUAAUCUUUCUCAAUGCAACAAUGCCUAUAGGAAUAUGUCUUGUCAUUUGUCACAUUAUGGAAGUGCUGAGCUUUGCUACUCCACUCACUCUCACAGCUAUGAGUCUAGAGCGCUACGCGGCCAUCUGUAUGCCCCUGCGACACUCUCAAAUCUGUAGUCUGUCCAGAACGAUCCACAGCAUUAUCAUCAUCCAUGUUCUCUGCUCCAUAGAGCCCACUAUGAUCUUUUUCAUCUUCACUGCCUCUGUUCCACUUCACAUCUAUAUGAAAAAGGCACUAUGCCAAGUGGAAGUGCUUAUUGUUCACACGUGGCAGAGUCAGCUGAGGUCAGUUUUUACACAGAUAUUCUUUAUGAUGAUUUUUUGCAUCAUUCUGUUUUCUUAUGUCAAAAUAAUGCGUGUUGCAAAAAUGGCAAGCUCUGGUAAUAGUAAAUCAGCUGUAAGAGGCUUAAAAACUGUGGUAUUACAUGGAUUCCAGUUGUUGCCUUCACUCGUUCAGCUGUGGUGUCCGUUUGUAGAGCAGGCCAUCUUGAAUGUUGAUAUUUACAUAUAUAUGGAGGUCAGAUAUUUUAAUUAUGUUGUGUUUAUGCUGGUCCCACGGUGCUUCUGUCCACUUGUGUAUGGAUUGCGGGAUGAAAAGUUUUUCAUUGCUUUGAAAUAUUAUGCAUUCUGUGCAGUAAAUAAGAAGAUUUCACCUAAGAUUUGCUGAUGCAGACUUCUGUUAAGGUGAUCUGAACUGUGCUGACAAAAUUCUGUACAAAUAUUUUCAGACUUGCUAUAUAUUUACAUGAUAUUAAAGCAAAAUAUAGUAUAUGUGCUUUUUAAAAUGAAA